AUGGGGAUCCAGUACUUAACAACGCUCAUCGAAGAACACUAUCCAUCGAGGACCUGGAGAACCAUUACACCGAGAGGUAAACUCGUUCUAGAUGGGAAGAGUAUCAGCAGAACACUAUCUACCUCCAAAGAGCUGGAAUGGAUACAUGGUGGACAGUAUGGGGAACUGAGGGACCGUGUUAUAAGAUUCUUUAGUAGACUCAGAGAUAGUGUUAUAGACCCCAUUGUGAUAUUUGAUGGGGUUGAUUAUAAUCAAGAGAAAAGUGCUACUAAGCUGUGUCGAAAAAAACAAAAAGUAAAAAAUAUCUUCAAAGCAAUGUUAAGCCAUGAUGAAAGACCAUCAGGUUCUGCUUUGCCAGUAUUCACAGAUAUUGUGUUCUGUGAGACUCUAAAAGAGCUUGGAGUUGAGUUUAUAUUUGCUGAUGGAGAUGCAGACCAAGGCACAGCCCGAAUCGCUAACCACUACAAUUGUCCAGUCGUUGCCAAUGAUUCCGAUUAUUUCAUCUUCAAUUUAAAAGCUGGAUAUAUUCCAUUGGAUUUUCUCGACUUGAAUCAACAACCGGUGAAAGCCAAAUUAUAUGAACGAGAUCGAUUCGCCUAUAAAUUUUAUUUUGAUCACAACCCAGAUCUUAUAUACCUCAUACCAGCCAUUAUGGGAAACGAUUUCAUGGAUAAAGUAGACUCACCUUCUUUGAAAAGAGACAUAGAAGCUACUAAGUGGAGAGCUAUAACAGAAGGAACACAAAUAGGAGAAAAAAGAAAGGACGAUAAAAUAGAAAUGUUAUAUUACAUUUCAAUUUUCAACACUGUGACAGAUUUUACAAUGCAUUUAUCUAAAACCUGUGGUGAUGAUACAACCAUUGCUAUCAGUAAAAACUACAAGAAAGCAAAGGAAAUGUAUGACAUAGGAGAAAUCAGUAUGGCCGACCUUUUAGAGAGUAAAAACCUGAAGACAGCAAAUGGUACUCUGCUUCCUGAUAUUAUAGAGCAACGAUAUCGUAAAGGACUCAUGGCUACAUCAGUAAUGGUAAUAAUAGUAUUAAACAAGUAUUUAGUACCAGUGAUGAUUGAUAACCCACACGAUUACACAGCAACAAGGAUAGGAAAACACAUCAGGAAAUGUAUUUAUAUGAUACUGUCACCAUACUUAUCAAAACCAGAAGUAAUAGAAACAACAAUUACCAAUGAAGAACCUCUUGAGGAAAGGGUCAGUUGGGCUGAUGUCAGCCACCUCAAUUUACCGUAUAUUGAUGACAUGAUAGGCCUCAAUAAAGAUAAAAGAAUCGACUUACUUUUUAAAGUAAUGAAGACACCUCUUGAAGUUCAGGCAAAGUUAGAGUCAAAAUGGAAGCUAGUUGGAGUGUCGUUGCACUAUUGGUCACAGCAUGCUCAUCCUGAUAUUCAUUUAAUUGAGGCAUUAGUUUUGUGCUUUAUUCAUUGCUCCUUCAAUGAAACAGUAUGUCCUUCUAAUAAGGUACCUGAUCAUAGAAGGGAUGAAAAGUGGCUGAAAGCAUUGCAUACUUUUGCACAAUGGAGCUGUACUUAUUACGAUGCACUGAGGCUCAACAAUGUCCUAAUGAACCCGUUACCAUUCAUGUCACCAGCACGUUUGUUUAAUGGUAAACUCGUCAUGCAUUAUGCUUAUUGUUCGACAAAGGAAUUCAAUGAAGACAAAAGAAAAGUACUUGAUUCAUCAAACGCUGAACAUUUUUUUGACAAACUUGUGUCUGUAUGUACCUUGAAAUGA